GACUCUUGACCUCAGGGUUGUGAGUUCGAGCCCCGCAUUGGGUGUAGAGAUUACUUAAAAAUAAAAUCUCUAUGACAGGGAAACUAAGUUACUCCCUUUAGGCUAGUGAUGAGGAGCGGAGGAGGUCAUGCAAGUGAAGUGCUGGCGCUCGGGGGGGGGGGGCGGGGGGCCAGCGGCCCAGGGGCUAUCAUGGAAGGGGGGAGCCCUCUCCCUCUUUCCUCACCUUACCACCAGAACUGGACAGCAGCCCGCACGCGGGGCAGCUUCUGUAGGGGAUGGGGGUGCUUCUGCAGGAUUCCCGCCCCCUUCGAUCCAGCAUCUAAAGGGGUACCACCUGACCCAGUACUGGCGUGUGCCUCGCAGUUGGGGCUGUUAGAGCUUUUGAAUAGCACCCCCCUUUACCACCUUCCUCCUCCAGGAGAGGAAUCAGAGCAGUCUUUGGGAACAUGACACGGGCCGUGGCAGGGAGGCUUUGCAGCCCAGAUCGUAUGACUAAUAAAGGGGAAAAGAGCAUGGUGUUUUGGUGGGGAGGGGGGAUUUGUGAGGAACUCCCGCUGCAGGGUACCUCAGAGGUUGCAUGUGGCCCAGGGCGUGGAGGAAGGAGAGCCUUCCCAGGUUUCCUGGAGGGUGGACGAGAGGGGCCUCAGCUCAGCAGGCCUGCUCGGGGAACAGGCCCUCUUGUUAUUCCCAGCUGUGUGCGACUGUAUGGCUCUGGAACCCAGAUCUCCCGCUGAGAACUGGGACCCCAGAGUCCUGACUGUGCCCACCAUGGGGGAAGUAGCUGUGAGGGGCUUUCUGUGCGGUGACCACCACAGCUCAAAUCGGGGUCGCCUGCUAUUCCUCUCGGAUGGGCCUUCCAGCAAGAGCCGAGGUCGGGGGUUGCGUUUCCCUUCCCCCCUUUUAAGCCAAAGUCCCAAAGCCACCAGCGUUCAGAGUAAGGAGUGGGACCCAAGCUGCUUCAUGCUGGGUCUGACAGCCUUUCCAGUGCCCUCCAGAGACUGGAGCAAGCGGGCGUGUGUGUAUGUAUCAGUCUGAGAUCUUUGGUGGUCACCGGGCACCAGAAACCUGCUCCAAGAGUUAUGGGACUGGGGUGUGUGUGUGGGUGUGUGCAGGUCCUCUGCUAAAUUGACUGUCUAGCAGUUGGGCCCAAUAAAAAAACUCUAGUAAAUCUAUUUUGAUACGUAAAUGAGGCUAUUAUAAUGAAAGACAACAUGCACAUCUUUGAUUUUCUUUUGAGCCCUGAAGAUUGGGCCAAAGGGACUUGAGAGUGAUCCAAGAGGCUUCCCUGGACCUAUGGGACUGAGCUACGCCGCCGUGUUGUGUGGAGGUGAAUUGGGAGCAUGCAGAUUACCUCGUGCUGGUACUUCUCCGGGCCAGCAGCAGAACGGGGCUUUGCAAAGAAAAGGAAGAGGCCCCGCAGAAGGGACUCGUUGAGCCACCCCCGCUCUGCUCCAUGUUGGCUGUGCCCUCAGGCUGGCGCCAUGCCCCCCCCAGCAGAGGUGACGGACCCGUCCCAUGCCCCCGCCGUCCUGCGCCAGCUCAAUGAGCAGCGGCUCCGCGGCCUCUUCUGUGAUGUCACCCUCAUAGCUGGAGACACCAAGUUCCCUGCUCACCGCAGUGUCCUGGCUGCUUCCAGUCCCUUCUUCAGAGAGGCCCUGCUCGCUUCAGCUCCGCUGCCCCUCCCACCAGUUACUGGGGGCCCUGCCCCCAACCCCGCCGCCACCACAGCUGCCUCCUCCUCGUCCUCCUCCUCUUCUUCCUCUUCCUCCUCCUCCUCUUCUUCCUCUUCCUCUUCUUCCUCUUCCUCCUCUUCCCCCCCUCCGGCCUCCCCCCCCACUUCCUCCCCCCCCCGGGUCCUGGAGCUGCCAGGGGUCCCAGCAGCUGCCUUCUCUGAUGUCCUCAACUUCAUCUACAGUGCCCGGCUUGCCCUACCCGGCGGCGGAGGGGACGGGGCAGCGGUGGCGGAGAUCGGAGCUCUGGGGCGGCGUCUGGGCAUCUCGCGCCUGCAGGGCCUGGGGGAGGGAGGCGAUGCCUGGGUACCUCCUGCCCCAGCCGCCAUGGCCGCCUCGCAGCCCGCAGACGAGAGCUUCGGGCCUGGGCCGAGGCCCGCCGGGGAGUGGGAGGGCGACAGGGCUGAGGCCCAGGCCUCUGACUCGCAGGCCCCCCUGUCCCGGCGGCCCCUGCCCUGCCCGCGAUGCGGGAAGAGCUUCAUCCAUCCCAAGCGGCUGCAGACCCACGAGGCACAGUGCCGACGGGGGGCCGGCACCCGGGGGUCGGCGGGGCUGGGCUCCGGGGGCUCGGGCCCCAGCGGUCCUGCGGGAGUGGACGCCUCCGCCCUGCCCGCGCCGGUGGGCUUCCGAGGCGGCCCCGAGCACGUGGUGAAGGUGGUGGGCGGCCACGUGCUGUACGUGUGCGCCGCGUGUGAGCGCUCCUACGUGACCCUGUCCAGCCUGAAGCGGCACAGCAACGUGCACUCGUGGCGGCGGAAGUACCCCUGCCGCUACUGCGAGAAGGUGUUCGCGCUGGCGGAGUACCGAACCAAGCACGAGGUGUGGCACACUGGGGAGCGCAGGUACCAGUGCAUCUUCUGCUGGGAGACCUUUGUCACUUAUUAUAACCUGAAGACCCACCAGCGAGCCUUCCAUGGCAUUAGCCCCGGCCUCUUAGCCAGUGAGAAGACACCCAAUGGAGGCUACAAGCCCAAGCUCAAUACCCUCAAGCUGUACCGCCUGCUCCCCAUGCGGGCAGCCAAGCGGCCCUAUAAGACCUACAGCCAGGGAGCCCCCGAGGCUCCCCUCUCUCCAAGCCUCAGCACGCCGGCCCCUGUAGCCAUGCCUGCCAGCCCACCGCCCGGACCCCCGCCUGCCCCCCAGCCCGGCCCCCCACCCUCUGUCAUCGCUUUCGCCCGCCCGGCUCCCUCUGUCAUUGUGCACGGGGGCAGUAGCAGUGGUGGAGCAGGGGGUGGGCCGGCCAACACGGGGGGAGCCCAAGCUGCCUCGGUCAUCACUUACACUGCUCCCCCGAGGCCCCCCAAAAAACGUGAGUACCCACCUCCUCCCCCUCAGCCUGCAGCCACGCCAACCAGCCCGGCCACAGCGGGCAGCCCGGCCACCGCCGCGGGGCCGGCCACAGCCACGGAGGAGGCCAAGGGCCGGAACCCACGGGCUGGAAGGACUCUGACCUACACGGCCAAGCCAGCCGGCGGGAUUGGCGGGGGUGGGGGUCCCCCCGCGGGGCCUGGCCGGGGCCCCUCUCAGCUACAGGCUCCACCUCCACUGUGUCAGAUCACCGUGCGGAUCGGCGAGGAGGCCAUUGUCAAGCGCCGCAUCUCAGAGACUGACCUGCGCCCUGGGGAGCUGAGCGGAGAGGAGGUGGAGGAGAGCGAGGAGGAGGACGACGAAGAGGACGAGGACGAGGACGAGGACGAGGACGAGGACGAGGACGAGGAGGAAUCGAGGGCUGGCGGGGAGGACCAGCUCUGGCGGCCCUACUACUCCUACAAGCCCAAGCGCAAGGCCGGGGCGGCGGGCGCGGGCGGCAGCGGGGGCUUCGCCUGCCCCCACUGCGCCAAGGUGUGCAAGACGGCGGCCGCCCUGAGCCGCCACGGCCAGAGGCACGCGGCCGAGCGGCCCGGGGGCACCCCCACGCCGGUCAUCGCCUACUCCAAGGGCAGCGCCGGCGCCAGAGCCGGGGAGGUCAAGGAGGAGGCCCCCCAAGAGAUGCAAGUCUCCUCGUCCAGCGGCGAGGCCGGUGGCGGGAGCGCUGCUGCUGCGGAGGGAGCGUCCGAGGCCGCCUCUCUCCAGGACCCUGUCAUCUCAGGGGGUGAGGAGCCCCCGCUGGUGGCAGGAGGGGGCAACUAUGCGUAUCCGCCUGUGCAGGAAUUUCCACUGGCUCUGAUUGGGAGCGGCAGGGAACCUAGCGGUGGGAGGGGGAAAAGUGGCAGCGAGGGGCCCGUGGGGGCCGGGGAGGGGGACCGCGCGGAGGGGUUGGGGGCUGCCAAAGUUACCUUCUACCCAGAGCCCUACCCGCUCGUCUAUGGCCCCCAGCUCCUUGCCGCUUACCCUUACAACUUCAGCAACCUGGCCGCUCUCCCGGUUGCUCUUAACAUGGUCCUACCUGACGAGAAGGGUGGGGGGGCCCUUCCCUUCCUUCCAGGGGUCUUUGGCUACGCAGUCAAUCCUCAAGCAGCACCCCCUACUCCCCCAACCCCACCUCCGCCCACUCUUCCUCCACCAGUCCCUCCUAAGGGAGAAGGGGAAAGGGCAGGGCUUGAGAGAACCCAGAAGGGAGAUGUGGGGUGAGCUCUGGGCCCACCUCCCCCCUUUCACCAGAUGCCACCCUCCCCGAACCCCCUGCCACUACCAGCUCCCUGGCUUCCCUGCCCCUUGGGAGCCCCUCCACACUCUUGUGCAGGGACUUGGGGGCCCCUGGAGCUCAGGGGUCAGGCUGCUUUGUGUGAGAUUGUAGUUUUCCCAUCUCCUGGGAAGGGAUCUUGGGUGGUUCCCCUCUCAGUUCUCCUCCAGGGAAUGGCCUCCAUGAGGGGCAGGGCCAGCUCCCAUCCUUUCUCCAGCCCUUGGGGCAACUGAGCAAUAUACUUAUAUGAAUCUCUACUCACGGCCCCCACCAGCUCUGAAUGUCUAACCUACCCUCCUGAUUCGUAAACCCGGGGGGGGGGGGAAACCAUCUCUCUCACCUAGUGACCUCCCCUCAUUCUGAAGCUUUCUCUAAGCCCCUGCCUAGAUGCUUCCUAGCACAUUCCAUUCUUCGUGGCCCAGGGCCUGGACCAGAGCAUUGUGAUACCUGAUACCUGCCCAUCUGGAAGCAUGGCUUCCAUUCUUCGCAGGGGUGGGUUUCUGUGUCCCUGUCUCCUUGGCUUCCAUGCCUUUAGAUCUUCCAUAUUCCUCCUCUCCUAGACUCUGGAGAUGGCCUCUUCCAAUCCAGGUCAAGGAGGUGUUGGGGGGAGGGCUACCCAUCUGUUCCACGGCUGAGCACUUUCCCAGCCCAGGGCAGCACUAAUCUUGGCCCUAUCUUGACCCCCAAAUCCAGUGAGCCCCAGAUUCUUCCAAGGCAAAGAGGUGAGUAGAUCACACCUCUUCCUGCCUCUACCUAUGGCCUCUUCUGGGCUAAAUCAGAUUUGGGGGCCAGGAGGAGGGAGCUCCAUAUGGGACGGGGAAGGGAAUCUACUUUCUCCCUGGUUUUGUUUUGUUUUUUUUUUCCUGAUGGUUUCUCCCAGACUAGACCAAAUAGCCAGAAAAGUGAUGGGGGUUGGAUGGGUGGGUAAGCCCAAGAUUUGCACAUGACCUCCCAUCCUUACCUUUACCUCCAUCUUCCCCAGUGUCGCUUCCCUCACCAUUCACUCCAGGUGGUUUUUGGGGAACCAUCCUACUCCCUUGGUGGGCUUUGGGGUAUCCCCACCAACUUUUCCUCCAGAAUAGCACCUUACACCCCAUCUUUGACUCAGUUCCCCACACCCAAAGAUCCCAGCCUAGGGAUGGGGCGCAGGGACCUUAAACAGUCCCUAAUCCCUAAUUUGCACUAGUUAACCCUGGUCAGGGGUCCGUAUGUUUCCUUCCAGUGGGGGAGUUGAAGAAAUGUUUGCUCCUAAUUCUCUUUGACGACCGGCCGUCCCCACUCUGUGAUUGGAUGAACAUUUCCCAUCCCACCCACCUCCCCCCUCCCAAAAAAAAAACAAAAAACAAACAACAGCUCAGAAGGGGAGAGUCAGUUUGGGGGAGCAAAUCUGAUAAAUGGGAAUUAGAGGAGUGCAGUUUAAAAGGGGGAAAUGCUGCCACCAUUGAGAUGGGAGCUUAAUCCCAGCUACUGUUUUCCGGGGCCAAGAUGGCUGCCCUCUCUCGUGGCUGAAAGGGCAAGAUCAUGGCUUUUGGAGGGAGGUGAGCUUGGGGGAAGGACCAGGAGCAUCCUCCUGCCUCCUCUUACCCUCCUAGUCUACAGGAAGGGGGAGGUUUUUGACAGGCUCCUGAAUGUUAACCACGGAGGAGUGUCAUUCCUUCUCUCCUCCUCUGUCUCUUUGCACUUUUCCUGGUCUUGGCCACAGUCCGAGUGAAGAGUUCCUACUGAAUGUACCAAGUUCCAAUUUUUAAGGGGGUAAAAUGCUUAAAACGGGAAAUGCAAAAAAAAAAAAAAAAAAAAAA